AAUCAUAUGCUAAAAGUGUUCGUGAACGAAGGCUUAAUGCAGGAGAAUUGGAAUAAUCCUAUGCAUUCUGGUUAGUACUAAGUUCACGGGCCGAUUUAUUGCUAUUAGGUUGGGAUGACUAAGGAGGUUUUUAUCACCAAAACAACGUUUAUCGAUUGUGACAACGUUUUUCCACUCCCCUCUCUAAUAAGAUUAGAAAAAAGAGGAAUUGCAAUCAAACUUAAAACGCUCGAUAGAGGGCGAAAAUCGCUAAUUAAACAGCGUACAUUUCACCACAGCUCUCGAGACAUCGCUUAAGAUGCUCGUGCUGCAAGGUAAACGUAAUUAAAUACCCCUUCUAGACUUUUUUCCAAAAAGGAAAAAAAAACGGAUAUAGUUGCAUGUACAAAAGUUAAAGCGGUUAAUAUUAGUGAAGACGUCCUUCUAACCGAAAAUGAUUACAGAUAAUGGGUCUGCUCCCAAGACCACCUUCAACCCUAGAACAGGAUACAAUUACGGUAAAGAUAAUUUUUUUUAUUUAAUCCUUAAACUAAUAUUAGAUAUAUUAUAUACUAUAUUAUAUAUAUAUGCUUAACGGACUAUGAUGUACAUAGAAUUAAAGUAAAACACUAUAUAUUGUAUAUAUUUCAUAAAUUGCAUUUAACUAUACCGGUGUUAUAAAUAAGUCUUCUCGUUUAUCGAUUAGUAUUUCCUCUUUAUAAAGUAUAUAAGAGAUUAUUCGGGGAUUAGACGUAGAUUAGCUUAUAAAAUAGAAUCUCUCUUAUCAGCCGACGACAGCAAAGAAGGUUUAGGUUGCUGUGGGUGGUUGUUAACGCUCUUCUCAUGGCUCUUGGUCUUCGUAACGUUUCCCCUCUCCCUAUGCGUUUGUAUGAAAGUUGUGCAAGAGUAUGAACGAGCUGUUAUUUUCCGUUUGGGACGACUUUUGUCCGGAGGGGCUAAAGGACCUGGCAUUUUCUUUGUUCUACCCUGCAUCGAAAGCUAUACGAAAGUGGACUUAAGGACCGUCUCCUUCGACGUUCCGCCUCAAGAGGUCUUAACGAAGGAUUCAGUGACGGUGUCGGUCGAUGCUGUUGUCUAUUACCGAGUCAGUAAUGCAACAGUCUCAGUGGCAAAUGUUGAAAACGCCCAUCACAGUACCCGUCUUCUCGCACAAACGACUUUGAGAAAUGUUCUGGGAACGAAAAACUUAAGUGAAAUAUUAAGCGAAAGAGAAACUAUCAGUAAUUCCAUGCAGUCAACGCUCGAUGAUGCGACGGAUAACUGGGGAAUUCGGGUGGAACGGGUUGAAAUCAAAGACGUGCGGCUUCCGGUUCAAUUACAACGGGCCAUGGCGGCUGAGGCGGAAGCCGCAAGGGAAGCUAGAGCCAAGGUAAUUGCCGCCGAAGGGGAGAACGAUUCAGCAAGAGCUCUGAAAGAGGCAGCUGAUGUAAUGGCUGAAAGUCCAGCAGCUUUACAACUACGGUACCUCGUAAGUAACUUACAAUAUAGAAUAUAUUAGCUGAAAUAGAGUUACAGAUGCAAAACCAAUGAAAAAACGUUUUAACCCAGCAAACCCUCGGGUUAAAGAUAUUUAACUUUGACUCUUUCCUCUUCAUCGCUAAACCUGUUUCUUUUUUCCUCACGAAAGAAUGAGGAAAUAGUUACUUUAGCUUAGGAUCAAUUUUAUUUAUCUAAUACUAUAUCAUUUUCUUAUACUCAACAGCAAACGCUAUCAACAAUAUCUAGCGAGAAAAAUUCCACAAUCAUCUUUCCCCUGCCAAUUGAGCUAAUUUCACAUUUUCGCUGAGAAAGGAAUUUUCACGAAAUAAUCCAACUGCUUCUUCAAAGAUGUAUAUAUAAAAUUUAUAAAUCUAAUGUAUUUAUUUCCUCUAACUGACAUAUUCUUCUGACAUUCGUUUCUAUAGUAAUAAGGAAAGAUAAACAAUUGCAAGGUACUUCUAUAAUAUAAUUAUUAAUUUAAAAGUAUUUUCUGUCUUUUUAUAUCCUUAUCUACAAGAAAAAAGUGUAUAAAAGGCUAAGUUGUGUGUUAAUACAUAUAUAAUCCUUGCGUAUGUUAUUAUCUACCCUGUCAGC